AUGGCUUUUCUGUUUUGGAAGACCAAUCUGAAAAAACCGCAAUUUCGUGGAAAAUAUUGCUGGCAAAACGAUUGCUUCAUUGUGCAAGAUGUCUGGCAAACGGUUAAAGAAGUGCCAGGCGGAUAUUCUAAGUUUGAUGGUCCUCAACGAAUCAUCACACCACAAGGUUUCGCUGAAGUGAUUUUAGUAGAAACGCCGCUCAAAUUGCCAACAGAAUACACAAAAGAAAAUUUGAAUUCGAGCAAAUGGCACAUUGAAAAGAUGGGGAAGCCGAGAAUUGGCUACUUAUCAGUCAUCGUCUCUUCAAUGUUCACUUCGGGAGCUCUUGGAUUGACAAAGUCAGUCAUUGGUGAUGUCUUGUUCAUCGGCCUUGGCGGUGGUGGAAUCAGCAAUUUUGUGUCAACCGCUUUCCAAAAAAUCAAUGUAACAAUGGUUGAUAUCAAUCCGGCCACAAAACCGAUGGCAUUAGAGCAAUUUGAAGUCGUCGAGAAUGCGAAAAGUCGAAUCAUAAUCGAGGAUGGCGCAAAAUUUAUCAAGGAUCAAGUGGCAAAGAAAAACGUUGGCAUUUUCGAUGCGAUAAUCGUUGAUGCCUGUUACAAUAACAGGAAAAAGCCAAACGUUUGCCCGGUCGAUCCAUUCAUGGAAAAAGAGGGAUUGGUCGCGUUCAAAAAGCUUUUGAGGCAAAGUGGUGUCGUCAUCUACAACGUUUUGGUGAUGGACGCCUGGCAGAAUAAAGAAGAAAUGGAGAAACAUAUCCUUGAAGCAAACACAAGAGUCUUUGGCUCAAAAAAUUGCAGACUGAUUCCGAUAAGAUUUUUGUCGAAUAAGGUUUUGAUUUGCAGUCCAACAGGUUUGCCAAGAGAGGAAGAGCAAAACGAAAUAGGAGAACAAUUCAACAAAAUGUUUGGCUGG